GAUGCGUGCACAUGCACAUCGUUCUGCGAAGAAAAACAGUGGAAUAUAGAAAUCAAUAGAUUUAAGAAUUUAUUGAGCAUUACGCUUAAUUUUUAUUUGUACAUAUUUAUUUGCUGCGUAAAAUUUUGCUAGUCUAUUCAUUGAGAUUACGCAACGUCAAGUAUGUUCCGUACUUUGGAUAUUUUCGAUACAGAAUUUUGUGCCGAUUCGGUUGAAUGGUGCCCGAUAGAUUUCUUCAGAGAUAUAUUUGUUUGUGGAACGUAUCAAUUAAUGAAAGACGAAAAUUUAACGUCGAACGUUUCGCCAAAACGUUUUGGAAGAAUUUAUUUAUUUCAAAUUGUGCAAAACGGACGCUUAGUGUUGCUGCAAGUAUUAGAAGUACCUGCUGUAUUGGAUAUGAAAUGGGCGCAUGUUACGUUUCAAAAUAAAAUCUUGCUCGGUGUCGCAAACUCUUUAGGGUACUUGCAAAUUUAUCAGCUUAAAAGUGACAACGAGAACAAAAGUUUGGAUUUAUUAAUCCAAAAGAGAAUUGCUGACAAAGAUGAAGUACUUGCAUUAUCAUUAGAUUGGUGCACCGGAAGAUUGGCCAAUGAAAUCAAUUUAAAAAUAGUGGUUAGCGAUUCGAAAGGUUUCGUAUCAUUGUUUGAAUUAAGUGAAAAUGAACUUAAUAAAAUUAAUUCAUGGUCUGCGCAUGGAUUCGAAGCGUGGAUAGCAGCAUUUGACUAUUGGGACACAAAUAUAAUAUACAGCGGUGGUGAUGACUGUAAAUUUCAAUGUAUCGAUACAAGAAUCGGAAUUUGUGCUUCAAAUAAAGUUCACAGUGCAGGUGUUACCAGUAUUCACAGUAACGCGACGAGAGAAUUUUUAAUAUCAUCUGGAAGUUACGAUGAAAUAUUGAGAUUAUGGGACACGAGAAACUUGAAACAGCCAAUUUCAGACAUUAAUCUUGAUGGCGGUGUUUGGCGUUUAAAAUGGGAUCCCUUCGAACGGAAACAUUUGUUAGCAGCUUGCAUGUAUGGUGGAUUUAGAAUCGUCGACUGCGAUAAGACAGAAAUACCGUCUGUUGUUGGCGAGUAUAACGAACACGAAAGUAUAGCGUACGGGUGCGAUUGGUGUUUUUUGAAUAGCAAAGAAAUAUCAGAACAAAUACUUGAGAAAGAAACGCGAAAUGCAUUUUUAAUAACUACUUGUUCCUUCUACGACCACGUUCUAAAAUUAUCCGCGUUAUAUUUAAAGGAUAACUGAAGAAUUCUCAACAGAAAAGGAAUAAAAUUUUAUAUAUCUAUAAAAGGUUAAAUUUCAAGAAAUACGAGGCAUGCGCAGAAAAAGUUGAAGGAUCCUAGGCGUUGCGUCGCGUCGUGUCGCGCUAUUCG